AUGGAUCCAGCCCCGCGUAGUGUCAAAUCAGUAAAAAGCCGCCUGGACACAAUAAAACAAAGGGAAGAUAUUCAACACGGUGUACCUAAAGUACAAUCACACUUUGGGAUAUCGUCAGAUAAAUUAGAUAAAAUCACUCGUCGAGUUAUUGCACCAUAUGCGCAAAUAGAGCGAAAAGAACCAAAGGAAGAGGUGCCAGAGGGACCGUACUUGGAUAUAAAUCGGUUUAAUGUAUUUCUGGAGGACAAGGUCGACCUUGAUUCGUUACUUUAUGAAACUGCGAACGUUUUGAAGGCAGUUACCAGUAGUUCAGGAGUGUUUGUAUAUACUGUUGAGCCAAUAAAGAACGAGCUCGUCUUAAUGGCUCUAAAUGCGAAGAAUAAUACACGUCACGAAGUUAAUAUACCAAUUGAGGCGGGUAAAAUGGCCUCAGCUCACGUCGCAUUCACCAAAGAGUACCUGUUAAUAGAAGACGUACAGCGCGAUCGCCGCUUUGCCGAGGGCCUGAAAUGGACUGAUGCGAGAGUGGCUCUCUGUAUGCCCGUCUUAAAACCGGACGGAGAUUGCUAUGCUGUUCUUGAACUCUAUAGAACGCAUAGGGAACCGUAUGACCGCAGCGGGGUGUACACAGUGUUGAGCGUGGCCUGUUGGGCGGGAGCGGCCGUACACCAAGCUCAAGCGCGCAUGACUCUUCAAAGGACUGCGCAUCUCAACGUCGAAUUGAGAGACUUGCUACACAACUAUUUCUGCGACUUGGCGUCGAUCGACACUAUGCUCACAGAUAUGCUUGCGGUAAUAAAGUCCUUCAUAGGAGCGAUGCGAAGCAGCUUUUUUAUCAUCGACGAGGACCAUAUAGGAGAACACUUGCAAGCUGACAUGUGGGACGACGGUUGGGGCUCUGAACGGACCAACAUACCGCGGAAGAAGAUAAAGGUUAACCUGAGUCAAGAGAAAACUCCUGCUGGCCUAGUAGCUCGUACGGGUGAAAUGUUGAACCUGCGAGACGCAUAUCGCGACCCGCGAUUUUCUAAGGAGAUAGACCCCACUACUGGGACUGUAGUCAGAACGAGCCUGGUCGCACCGAUUAUGGAUAAAAACGGGGUCCACGGUGUAGUGCAACUCACUAAUAAGGCGAACGCCCACCCUUUUAACAAAGACGACGAAUCAAUAUUUGGCGUCUUCGUGAAUUUCGACUACCACAUCAGCGAGGGAAGCAAAGAAGACAUGCCGGGCCUCGUCUGCUACAUGUUCGUGGAAACAUUUGCAGAUCGGAACUUCGAAAGACAGAUUCUGGCGGAUUUCGUUCUCACAGUUCUCAUGAGUUACCGGAAUAAUUCCUAUCACAACGCGGAGCACGCCUUUCUCUUUACUCACACGAUGUACUUAAUAUUGGUGAGCAACACGGGAUACUUCGACUUCGUUGAGACGGCGGCUCUAAUGCUGGGCGGGUUGUGCCACGACCUAGACCACCCGGGCUUCAACAACAAUUUCCUGCAACUGUCUCGGCAUCCGCUCUCUCGCAUGUAUCGGUCGUCCACUCUGGAACACCAUCACUAUUUUCUCGCUAAGAAGAUAAUCGAGGCGAGUUUUAGCUUAUAUUUAUUAUAUCCCGGCAUAGAUAAAGAGAAACAAAAAGAUUGA